GCUAAUCCCAAACGGGGACCGGAAGUUGCGGGACAUUCCUUGCACACAAACGUUUGACGACGCCAGCUAGCUGCAUGCAUUUCAUUUAACUACCAAUACCAAGCUGGAGUAAAUAAGGCGGAAGAGAUGGCAGGAGUGGAUAUGGACCCGGAGCUGGCGCGUAGCUUGUUUGAAGAAGGAGCUACGUUGGUGCUUCUGGGGGUCCCUGAGGGCACUGAGCUGGGCAUAGACUAUAAGAGUUGGCAGGUUGGACCGCGCUUCCGUGGGGUGAAGAUGAUCCCACCUGGUCUUCACUUUCUGCAUUAUAGCAGCGUCGAUAAACAGAGUGGCGUGGAGAUGGGCCCGAAAACAGGACUCUUCAUGUACCUCCAGCCCCGUGAGGUGCGAUUGGCUCAAUGGAACCAGAAAGAAGAGGACCUGGAUUUCUCUGCCUCUCAGAACCAGGAAGAGGUUAGCAGAGUGAAGGCGGGCUUGCGCGACCUGGAUCCUUUUCUGGGACCGUACCCGUAUGAAACCAUGCGCAAGUGGGUCUCUCUAACAGACAAGCUAACUGAAGAAGUUGCGAGCAGUCUGCAGCCCCUUAGCGGCAGGAUCCUCGCCUUCAGCGACGUGAUGCCAGAGCUGAAUCUGACCCACACAAAAGAUAGAGAGGAGCACAACCUUCCUCGUAACGACACCGAGUGCACGAGCAUGCGCGAGGGACUGGAGCGGCUUCCCCGCAUGAAACUGAGGCCUGGCACGGAGCUACGCUUCUCGGACAUCCCAAAACAGACAUACCCCGAAGGAGCCACGCCGGCGCAGAUAACUCAGUACAGCAUGGACCUAAGUUAUGCGCUGGACUGUCUGUUGGAGAAGCACUACGGCCAGGAGCCACUGCACGUUCUUGGCGAGCUGCAGUUUGCCUUUGUGUGCUUUCUGAUCGGGAAUGUGUACGAGGGCUUCGAGCACUGGAAGAGACUACUGGCGCUGCUGUGCCGAGCGGAAACGGCUAUGCACACGCGCCGCGACCUGUACCUGGGCCUCAUCGCGGUGCUCUACCACCAGUUGGGAGAGAUCCCGUCCGAUUUCUUUGUGGACAUCGUUUCCCAGGACAACUUCCUCACCUCCACACUGCAGGAGUUCUUCCAGUUCGCCACUGGCCCUGGUGUGGAUGGCACACUACGGAAGCGAGCAGAGAAGUUCAAAGCCCACCUGACCAAGAAGUUCCGCUGGAGUUUCGAGGUGGACCCUGAGGAAUGCGCCCCUGUGGUGGUGGAGCUGCCAGAAGGGGUCGCCCUAGAGUGACUGUAGUGGGGGUGGGGGCGAAGGUCUGAGCACUGUCUGCCAUAAGUGGGACUUCUCCUGGUUGUAACGACUUCAAUGGAAAAAGUAGUUUGUGGGAAUUUUGAAUGCAGAAUGUGCAUUGCUCCCCAUGGAAUGAUGCGACUGGAUCAUAACUGUCGGAACCAAGGAGGAUUCUCAUGUGAACUGGGCGUGGGAUUGUAUUCGAAUAUCUCUUUGCGUGACACCACUCUUCAGUGACAGAGGCAUGGAUGCGAAGACAUUCUUGUGAACAAAGAUGGAACCAGGGAGAAAAUGAAUUGCAGUAUGUAUAGCACUUCUGCUGGAUGGACACAAGAGACCAAGAGCACUUAGGCUUGAGCUAUUCCAACGAAAUCCAAAACAAAAUGAGUUGUAACUUCUGUCCGUAGUGUACCUGGUACUUUAUGUCCUGCCACACACUGUGGGUUUAAAUGAAAAGAACCCGUUCCAAACAGAACUUUUGUAUGCAGUAGGUAAAGAUGUGUCACAUAAGUUAAAAUUUCUACAGCACGAUCUGAAUGCACAGCAGUGUGUAUAGUUCCUCCCUGCUGGCUGUUGGUGUAGAACUGUGGACUGCAUUGUGAAAGGAUCUGCAGAUAUAUCUGUUCUGAUGCAGAGGUGGGCCACAGUGGAACAGUGACUGUGAGCUCCAUUCACAGAGCCUCGGGUACUGUGACUUUUGCCCCUCAUCUGAAACAUCCUCCCCUCCUAACCAAGGCAUUUUCCUUCAACAAACAUCCAUCCUGGACGUUCCUUCUAAUAAAAUACUUUGUAUCUGUU